UCUUAUUUCAGUGUGCUGAAGCUUAUAUUAAAUAUCAAUUUUUGCUAUAGUUCCCCUUUAAGGCUGAUCAGAGCUCAGUGCCGACUGGUUGCAGCCCAAAUAGUUCCUACCAAUCAGUUUUGAUUGUAUAUUUUCCCAGCACACAGUAGUCUGACAUUACUCAUGUUAAAGACAAGUGUUUGGUUCUCUCUGCUGGGGAUCCUGAACAGCGAGAGGUCCUUAAUAAUUAAUGUGUACUGGAUGCAGAAGCAAGAAGCCAGAGACAAAUAGUGCACUCUGCAACUGGGACACAUCCACUCCCUGGACUGAUCCUGUGUCCUGCCCAGAGGGUCCAAGGAUGUCACACACCCCAGAAGGGCCGAGUAGCCACGCCAAGAUCAUAGAAGAGUACUGGAGAAUGAAACCCCCGGUUCCACCACAGUGCAGGAUAUCCCAAGAGCUGUGGAUGUGGGCUAAAUGCCAGGUACUCGCCUCCCUGCGUCUUCCAUUUGGCAUAGGAACUGUAGUGCCCACCUUAAAGAAAGCUCCAAGAGUGAGUAAGGAAGGCUUGUCAGACUCUGUGCCUGCUUCCACUGCCCCCAAGCUCAAUUCACAGGUCAAACUUGAUAACCCAAUGAAAUCUGCCCGUACUCACCAGGAACUGCACAGAGAACUGCUACUGACUUACAAGAAAGGCCUUGUCCUGCACAGUAAGCCUGAACUGCUUCAGGUUCUGGAGAAAAGAAGGACCCAUUGGAAGGAUGGGCAGAACCCUGAAGUACACUGCACUCCCUUAGAGCAUGAACUGCAGAAAUGGCAGCAGCGGCGGGAGGAGAAAGAACAGAAAAUAGUCAAGAAUGAUCUGUCAGGGGUCCAUGAGUUUCUGCGUGUCAGGGACAAUCUCCGAAAAGCCACCCCAAGGAACCUGCAAAGCCCCCCAGAAUCAGUACACUGAAUGUGUAUCACUCCUUCCCACAUCAUAUGAACUUACCUUCCGUGGACACAUGGAGCAGGCUCUUCUAUGUGACAAAGAGGAGAAAUGGGACUGGAGCCCUUGCAGACACUUCCCUGAACAGGAUGUAUUAUUUCUCUUUGAUCCACAAAUACUAAAACUCCUAUCCUACAUGUUAUAUCUGUACCAUUAUAUGCAAAAUCAACCAAAAAUACCAUCCUUUCUAUAUUUUUAUCUUUUUGCCCUAUUAAUAACAUUGAUAUCAAGCAUUAUUUUUACUGUGGCCUCAUGCUACCCUGAAGCUUUGCUUAAAGGGAAUGUCAACCCAAAAAACUAUUUUUGUCUAUAA